UAAUCGCAUAAUCGUACAUGUGGUUAAGUCAUCUGGCAGCAUGGGCAUAGUUUAAAUUGCGCGGUGCCAUUAACAGAAGAAGAAGAAGAAGAAGAAGUACAUGUGGUUGCAUGUGGGCACCGCGUCUUGUGUGAUAAAAGAGUAAAAUAAAAAGAUACAAUGUUAGUUGCAAAAUUGUCAAGUUUCUUUGAGCGAAAUGAGAAGUAUAAGCAAAGAUUUUCUUCCGAAGGAUCCCAACAACUCGAGGAUCACAGAAUUUUAGAAAUAUUAUGUGAAUUUUUAAUGCAGCCAGAGUGUACAGAAGAUGUUGCUGACUGUUUUCCAGAAUUUUUACCAGCACUUGUUUCAUUGGCGAUAUCUACAAGUGAUAGAAGUAUACAGUCUGCACUAAUCGACAAGGAUAUUGUUCAUAGAUUAAAUUGCGUUAUAUUAGGAAAAUUGCUUUUAGCUAAUCAAGAUUUACUAAAAACAUUUGUUUUACACUAUUUUGAUGUUAAUCCAGCACCAUUUGAGUUUCACGAUACAAACUCUUCUGAAACGGUUACACCUGCAAAAAGGCGAAAUACAAAAAAAUUAUCAUAUAAUGUCUCUACAGUAUCUGAAUAUGAUAUUGUUAUUGCGUGUUAUAACAUUUUACAGUCUGCUGUUAGCCAUUUUAAACAUAAAUGGAAUUGGUCCAAAUUUUAUAAAUAUGUAACAAAUGCAGAUGAUAGAGUAAAAUGGGCUGCCUUAAAAUGCAUAGCGAUAGUUUUGAACAUGUCUGAAUUAACAAAAUUGUUAUGUGCACAAGCAUUUAUUCCAAAUUUUGAAAAAUUUCUGACUGAUUAUGAAGACAAGAAGAUAGAUAAUAGAAUUGCUUGUGCAAGCUUUGAAUCGAUGGAAAAUAUAGUUAAAAAUAUCUCAUCUAUCAUAUCAGUUAGUGGCAUCUUAUUACCUACUCUUGGGAAUAAUCAAAGCUCUCAUAAUUUAGUUCCAGUCCCAUCUAUGAUGAAAAAUAUACAAAGUUUGGCCAUGGCUAUUGGUUCCAGAAAAUGUAUCUGCUUGCAAGGUCCAGUGGGCUGUGGUAAAACAGCUUUAGUAGAGUAUUUAGCCAAAAUCACUGGACACGACAUGUCAAACUUUGUCAAAGUGCAGUUAGGCGAUCAGACUGACUCGAAGAUGUUACUGGGGAUGUACAAGUGUACUGAUGUACCUGGUGAAUUUGUUUGGCAACCGGGUGUACUCACACAAGCGGUUAUUGCUGGCAAAUGGUUGUUAUUAGAAGACAUAGAUAGCGCUGCUCUGGACAUAAUCAGCGUCCUGAGCAAUUUGAUGGAAACAGGAACACUUUGUGUACCUGGCUAUCGCGAUACCGUUUAUGCUAAUAGUAGAUUUCAAUUAUUUGUCACUCGGCGAUUGAUGAUAUCUACUACAGGCAUUCAAAAGCAUGUCACAGGAUCUUUGAGUUUAUUACAAAAACAUUGGCUCUGUCUAAAUAUGGAAUCUCUAUCCAAGGAUGAAUUAGUGACUGUAGUCGGAACAUUAUUUCCAAAACUGACCACUAUUGCUACUAGAAUAGUAGAUGUGUUCUUGUUGUUUUCUGUAGGACAUCAUGAUAAUGAAAAUGAUACAAAUAAUAUUAUAACAUUAUUAAAGAUUGGACGACAGACAUCAACACGAGAUUUAUUAAAAUGGUGUUCCAGAGCUAUCGUCGAUUUUGAUGUAUCAUCGCCAAAUACUGCAUUAAAAAUAUAUCAGGAUGCCUUGGAUAUCUUUUGCUAUUCGGUAUCUGAUAAAAGCCAACGAUUAAACUUGGCCAAGAUGGUGGCUGGCAAGCUCGGUAUUGUAGAAACUAAAGCAGAGUUCUUCUGCGACUUGCAUAAACCUAUCAUAGAUUUGCGUUCCAAUGUUCUGAUAGCGGGUAGAGCGCAAUUGCCUCGCAAGAAAGCACAAAAUUUUCAGAGAAUGCAUAUAGAAAAUAUUAAUUUCUCGUUUACAAGACUUUCUGCAUGUUUAUUAGAACGCAUAGCUAGCUGCAUCAUGCAAAAAGAGCCUGUCCUCCUCGUCGGUGAGACGGGUACUGGAAAAACGAGUGCAGUACAAUAUUUGGCUAAGAGCACUAAUCACAAGUUGACAAUUAUAAAUAUGAAUCAGCAGAGUGACAGUAUCGAUUUAUUAGGUGGCUACAAACCGGUAGAUUUAAAAUUCCUAGUCUCACCUGUUCUAAAUGAAUUCAACGAUUUGUUUGAUAUUUAUUUUAAGAAAGAACCAAACAAGAAAUGGUUGGAGAACUUAUUUCUGAGUUAUAAACAGGAGAAUUGGAAUCGUGUUCUUGCUUACAUGUUUCGAGCUACGCACGUUGGCGUAACAAAACAGACGGAAAAGCUAAAAGAGUUACUGGCACUUAAAGAUAAACCAAGCAUCGAGCUGUAUGAAAAGAAACGCAAGAAUCUAGAUAUGCUAAAACGAUGGAAGAACAUACGGAAUAAACUUAAUAAACUGAAAAGUCAAGUGAAGAGUCAUUUUGCAUUCUCUUUUAUGGAAGGAAGUUUGAUCAAAGCUUUGCGAAAUGGUGAUUGGGUUCUCUUAGAUGAAAUAAAUCUUGCGAGUGCGGAGACAUUGGAAUGUCUUUCCAGUUUGCUGGAAAAUUCUUCAGAGCCGCUGUUAUACGAACAUGGUGAGGGUGAGCUUGUGAAGAAACAUCCUGACUUCACAGUGUUUGCCUGUAUGAAUCCAGCCACAGAUGUCGGUAAGAAAGAUCUACCGAUUGGUUUGAGGAACAGAUUUACUGAGUUCUAUAUCGACGAGCUAACUGCACGACCGGAUCUCCGAUUACUUGUGAACUCUUAUCUGAAAACUCUGGAUAUACCUGUGAAAAUGCACGAGGAGAUCGUGAAAUUCUAUUUGAAUGUAAGAAAAGAAGCUACGAAUACAUUAUUCGACGGUACGGCGCAUAAGCCGCAUUACAGUCUUAGAACUCUAUGUCGCGCAUUGUAUAUUUCUGCAUCGAAUCCCUGUAGCAAUCUCCAGAGAUCUCUGUACGAAGCUUUCUCUCUAAGUUUUUUGACACAGUUAGAUUACAAUUCGUAUCCAAUCGUGCAGGAAAUGAUCACGAAAGCUAUCUUGCAUAAUCAGAAUGCCAAAGCCUUCCUUGGCAAUCGCAUACCGAAGCUAAAGUGCAGUCCGGAUGAACAAUAUAUAUAUAUCGAAGGAUAUUGGAUUCUUCAAGGAAGUUUGACGCCUGAAGUACCUAGUAAUUACAUAUUGACUGAUUCUAUCAGAAAAAAUUUGAAAGAUUUGGUGAGAGCAGUGUCGAUUGGGAAAAUCCCAGUUUUAUUACAAGGCGAUACAUCAGUAGGAAAGACUAGCUUGAUUACUUAUCUUGCGAAGAUUACAGGACAUGUUUGUGUUCGAAUAAACAAUCAUGAACAUACAGAUUUAGAGGAGUAUGUCGGAAAUUAUAUCGCGGACGAAACUGGUAAACUGGUGUUCAAAGAAGGUAUUCUAGUUGAUGCGAUGCGUAAAGGAUAUUGGAUUAUCUUGGACGAGUUAAAUUUAGCCCCAAGCGACGUCCUGGAAGCUUUAAAUCGAGUCCUCGAUGACAAUAGGGAACUCUUUAUACCCGAAACGCAACAAGUCGUGAAAGCGCACAAACACUUUAUGCUAUUCGCGACACAAAAUCCUCCUGGACUUUACGGUGGCCGAAAAGUUCUGUCUCGAGCGUUCAGAAAUCGAUUCGUAGAAUUACAUUUCGAUGAAAUACCACCGAAUGAAUUACAGAUAAUACUUCACAAAAGAUGCGAUAUGCCCGAAUCAUAUUGCAAACAAGUAAUUGACGUAAUGAUGGAGCUUCAAAUAAGACGUAAGAGUACAGCGGCUUUCGCUGGUAAAAAGGGAUUUAUAACUUUGCGAGAUCUGUUCCGUUGGGGCGAGAGGUAUAGAUUAGCAGAUGUAGGCAACACAUUUUACGAUUGGAAUCAACAUAUGGCGGAUGAGGGUUACCUCGUUCUAGCAGCUAAAGUCCGCCGUGCGGAGGAAGCGGACCAAAUAAGACAAGUGAUAAAAAAGCAUCUGAAGAGAGACGUGGAUCCUAAUAAUUUGUUUACACUGAAUGACAAAACUUCGCUUGUGACAAGACACAUUUUGGAGAAGAUCUUGAACAACAAGAUCCCAGGCUUCGAGCACAUCGUGUGGACUUAUCAUAUGCGUAGAAUGGCGGUAUUGGUAAAGAAAUCAUGCCAAUUCAAGGAACCGGUGCUUUUAGUCGGAGAGACCGGUGGAGGCAAAACUACUGUCUGCCAAUUGAUCGCCGCUAUCAACGGUCAAACUAUGCGCAGCGUCAAUUGUCACAUGCAUACCGAGUCAUCCGAUUUCUUGGGAAAUUUACGACCAGUUCGAGAGCGUGCUGAAGGUGACAAGAGACUUUUCGAGUGGGUGGACGGUUCUGUAAUAAAUGCCAUGCGUAACGGCGAUCUGUUUUUAGCCGAUGAGAUCUCAUUGGCCGAUGAUAGCGUUUUGGAGCGAUUAAAUUCAUUGCUGGAACCGGAACGUAGUCUUUUAUUGCCCGAAAGGGGAAUCGAGGCUUCACAUGGUGAAGGAAAUGCCGUGAUUGUGGCAGAUGAAAAAUUUGUAUUUAUUGGCACGAUGAAUCCUGGUGGUGAUUACGGUAAGAAGGAACUCUCACCUGCUUUGCGGAAUCGCUUCACCGAGGUGUGGUGCGAAGGAUGUAUGGCAAGGGACGAUUGGUGCGACAUAAUAGUGCACAAUCUUCGCAUCGAUUCGCAAUCGACGAAAGAAUCCGUCGCUACUGCGAUAUUGAAAUUCACCGAAUGGUUACACAUGACUGAAGUGGGCAAAAAGUUUAUUGUGACCAUACGAGAUGUACUUACUUGGGUCGAUUUCAUAAACACGUGCACUCAGUGUGAUGCACUCGUGUCAAAAUUAACGGUCGAAGAAGCAUAUUAUCACGGUGCUUGCCUUACGUAUAUCGAUAGCCUCGGAUCUGGUUGCACAGGAUCGGAGAGUACCAGCAAAUUAAGAGACUUUGCAGAGGCAGCUCUCCGAUUUAUUAGAUUAGAGGUUAAAAAUAUAAGAUCUGAUCUUAAUGUGGAAACUUCUCGGGUGAACGAAGUUGUUAUAGAUACUUCAGAUGUAUUUGGCAUAUCACCGUUUUAUAUUAAGAAAAGUUUAUCCUCUUCCGAAAAUUAUGCUUUUACAUUUACAACUCCUGUUACAAAGCUGAAUACGCUGAAACUAUUAAGAGCAUUGCAGUUAAACAAACCGAUCUUGCUGGAAGGAAGUCCAGGUGUUGGAAAAACCAGUCUGGUUUCCGCACUCGCCAAAGCCGCAGGACAAACUUUGCUUAGAAUCAAUUUAAGUGACCAAACGGAUGUAUCCGAUUUGUUCGGCACCGAUCUUCCUGUAGAAGGUGGAGAAGGCGGCGAAUUUGCAUGGCGAGAUGGGCCGUUUUUGCGAGCUUUACGAGCUGGAUAUUGGAUCUUGCUCGAUGAAUUAAAUCUAGCCUCACAGUCGGUCUUAGAAGGCCUUAACGCCUGUUUCGAUCACAGAGGAGAGAUAUAUAUCCCUGAACUAGGGAAGACGUUCUCGGUCAAACCUGGCACAAGAUUGUUUGGUUGUCAAAAUCCCUUACGGCAGGGCGGAGCUAGACGAGGAUUACCGAAAUCCUUUUUAAAUAGAUUUACUCAGGUUUCUAUAGAAGCAUUAAUGGAGGAUGACUUAAAGUUUAUAAUCGGUGUACAAUUUCCACAACUUCCUACGCACUUGAUCAAUGAUAUGGUACAGUUUAAUAGUAAAUUAGCGUCGGAAAUUGGUGUUGUGUGGGGACAUGCCGGAUCCCCGUGGGAAAUGAAUCUGCGAGAUAUCACUCGAUGGUGUGAAAUGACUAUUAAAGCUGCUUCUAAUAAAUUUCGUAACGAUAAACAGUAUUUUAAUCCGAGUGAUAGUGUGGAACUUAUUUAUGUUAAUAGAAUGAGGACUAAUGAAGAUCGGCAAAAGAUUUAUCAUAUAUAUCAAGAAAUGUUUUCAUCCGAAAAAUAUCCACUCCCACCUAAUCAGCUGCCGAUGCACAUCACGGCAGAUGAAAUUUUCGUCGGUGAUAUGAUGCUAAACCGGAAAAAUUGUUACGCAGACGAGGACUGUAAUUUGUUAGUGCUCAGAGAUCAGAAAACGAUAUUAAAAAGCCUCAUGCAAUGCGUUAAGAUGAAUUGGAUGUCUAUACUUGUUGGUCCUUCAGGUUGUGGGAAGAGCAAUGUAGUUCGCUUACUUGCUACUUUGACGGGUCAGAAGCUGAGAUCGAUAGCUAUGAAUUCGGCGAUGGACACAACAGAAAUACUAGGUGGUUUCGAACAGACGGAUUACAAUCGACAUCUCGAGCAACUAUUUGAACGCGUAACGACUCUGCUUAUGGAUAGCCUGCAGACGAAGAUAGCCAUUGACAAAUUGGACCAAGUUGUCGAGCUUCAUGAGCAUUUGGAACAAGUGCGACAUUUAUUCGAUGAAAAUGUUACUGAUAAAACAAUGGCAGCAGAAAGAACCCAUUUCUUAGAGAAAGUCGAGAAAUUGUCGAAAUUGGUAUCAGCGAUUAAGUUAUGGGAAUCUUCUCGCGAAUUGGAGUUACAAGAUAUCGAGUCAAGAUUGGAAAACCUGUCAAUUUCCGUCGAGAAAGAGGGAUGUCUGAAUGCCGGUGGAAAAUUCGAAUGGGUGGAUAGUGUAUUAGUAAAGUGCUUGCAAGAUGGCACUUGGUUGCUCAUUGACCAAGUUAAUUUAUGCAGCCCCGCUGUAUUAGACAGACUUAAUGGACUGUUAGAGCCAAACGGUGUUCUCAGUAUCGGAGAGCGAGGUGUUGAUAGCGAAGGCAAUGUCAUCACCAUUAAGCCACAUGAAAAUUUCCGUCUAUUUUUAACUAUGGAUCCCCGAUACGGCGAAAUUUCCAGGGCUAUGCGUAAUAGAGGAGUCGAAAUUUACAUGUUUGGUCCGAAAGAGAACAUCUAUGAUGAUGUGAUCGAUCUCAAGUCGCUGCUGUAUAAUGCCGGUAUCCUGAGAUCGACAAAUUGCGAUGCAUUGCUCGAGAUUUACGACAGGAUGUCGAAAGAAAUGAUCACGGUGGACCGAUUUAGUAUGGUCGAUUUGUUGCAAACCGCGUUCCUGACGAAGCAACGAUCCCUGCGCGGAUUCUCCGCGGAGCAAUCGAUCAGAAACGCGUGUAUUGACGUCUAUAUAAAAGCUAGAUCGAUGCGCGACUCGCGAUCCAGGGAGUAUUUAAUUUCUUUGAUCGAUGAAGCCAUCGACCGACAUAUUUCGAACAAUGAAGAGAUCUCGGUGAUCGAUUUGGAUGCCGCUACGUGGAGCGUAAAAAAUCUGCAAGACAAUUCGAGACUCACUCUAAUCAGACAGCAAAGCUUACUGUUGAAGGCGGCUGUCAACGUGUGCGAAUUAGGUCUGAAAUCUACUCCAGAAAAUAUUCAAAAAAAUAUUGUUACAUCGAAAUUAUUAAACGACUUUUGCGGCUUUAAAGAGGAUGAGGAAUAUAUAUUAAACGUUGACGUUAAUGAGGUAUUACCAUAUUUCCUGUUGAAUUUUUACGAACAAUCCUCGCGAGAGGAUGCACCACUCAGGAAGAAGUGGAUCUCGAGGAUGUUGCGAGAAAACACAAUAUUUAGUGAACUUGAGAAGCAGAACGCGCUAAUGGCGAAUGUAAUUGCAUUGUUUCGCUUCCGUUCUGCAAAUGUGAAAAGUUUGCCUUGGGAUUUGCGGCAGCUUGUUGGCAGAAUGGCAGAUGAAGACGUUUCAUGCAAUGACGCAAAUAAAUUGUUACUGUUAUUGUAUGCUCGCAGUACGAUACUCAAAAAUGACAUACGGGAAGUGAAAAUAUUACAGGAUGAAAACGUGAUAUCUGUCAAACAAUAUUCCAGCAUUGUACAUGAUGGUAAACUAUUCUCGCAAUUGAAGAACCAACCGCUUAUAACAUAUUUCGUGCAAUUCGUUGAACGAGCGAAUUCUUAUAUCGAGACAAUUUUACGAGACAGCGAUAUAAACAUGAAUUCUGAAGAAUAUGUUGAACUGAGGAGGGAAUUAAAAUGGUAUACGAGAUUCGAGACACUGGGCGAAAUGACAUUAAUAAACAAGUUGAAAAAGUCCAAAAGCAAAUUUACGAAUCUGAAACAGAUCUCUUCGUUGUUAAAGGUGCACUAUAAGUGGCUGCUAAAAUUUCUACGCAAAUUGUUCACAAUAGCUGGACAAUUUCCGAAUGAGAAGACGGCAAGCGAGAUCGAAUUAUGGGAGAUAGUAUCUCAAGUAAACAAUCAACUAGAUUCGGUGUUUGAUCCUAUCAAAAAGAUAUCGAAGAGAAUUAAGAAAUACUUAAUACUUCCACCGCCUCACUCCUCGGAGAGCUGCAUGAAUGUCCACUCAGAGUUAAGAAGACUAACGAAAGAUUUCAAUGUAAAGAACGAAGGAGGUACGGGUCUCCAAAAACAAGAACUGAAAAUUAUAUCUGUACAAUUGAAGGACGCGCUAUCGAUGAGACAUCAAAUGAUCUCUCUGUGGAGUGAUGUUUAUUCGAGGAAACCGAUCGACGAAAUGACGAGCAUCGUUGAAGUGGAGCAAUUCUGCGAGAAGAGCCACAUUCGUCUACGAGUUUCCGCAGAUAUCGAGAAUGUUCUGAAUAAAGUGCGUUCACUUCCAGAGAAGGAAAUAACGCAGUUGAACGCAAAGAUACACUUGUGGCCGAUUCAUGAGUAUGUCUUUAUGUUGUUUGCCUGUAGACUGCAGGCAGAGAUAUGUCAGGAAGGAACGAUUUCCGCUGCCACCUUGAUCGAAUGCCUCGCAAGAUUCGCAGAUGUGCCCAGUAUACCAAGCAAUUUGAUCGGCUUGCUGAAUGCGAUAACUCGAGCGGAGAUCGAAUAUACGCAGAAGAUUUUGUUGCUACCGCAACUGUUCUAUCAGCUCGCCCAAUUCGCUCGGCAAUCUUACGCAGUCAAGAACACGAACCGCUUUUUACAUUGGCAUGGAAUAACAGAAGAAGAUAUGGAGGGAUCACAAACUUCCUAUGUCGAGUCCAAGACGGAAAGCUACUUUGGUGGAGCCGUUCUCUUAAACCUGGUGCUGCAAUUAAUGUUAAAUAAAACAAAUGGAGAAAAAGAAAGAAAGAAUGUACUUUCUGCGGUCGCGCUUGGAACAUAUACGGCGCAAAUAGAUCAGUUGCAACUGCUGAAUGAGAUUUUAUGGCGAAAUAGCAUUUCGUUAACAAACAAACGAUAUGAUUUAAUUAACAGUGACUUGAUAACAUUGAAGUUUUAUUUACGCUUGUACUUAUCCGCAAUCGAUAGAAUGAACGCCGAGGAUGACGUACCCGAUCUAAUUGCGAAGGCUAUAGAAAAGCAAGGUGGAAGUAACGCGAUUGAAAUAAGAAACAGGAUGCAAACCGAUUAUUUUCAACCUAUAGAAGAAUUCCGUAAAGUGUGCAAUGAGAUAAAUAGCAUCGACGAGACAAGUAUCGGUGAAGAGGAAGAUAUAAUUCUUCGAGGAAGAGCGUGGAUGUUACUCGGUUAUAUUCAGUUGCUAAUUUUUGGAAACUUGGAUCUGAUCGAUCCCGUGUACAAGGUGGAACUGAAGCUCAAGUAUCUAGAGGAGGACGUUGUUGAUUGCAAAAGAACGAUAUAUGUUACAUCGUUACAGAAUCGUAUUUUAGGAUUAUCAGCAGAAAAUGAAUACGCUCAUCCCAGAAUCGUAGCCACGAAGAAUUGCGAGAAAAAUUUGCUGAAAAUGAAAGAUAAACUUAGCAGUUUGAAAGCAUUCAGAUCACCAUCCGUCAGUUUUGCUUCGCUCAGCAAGGACUGCGCCAAUUUCAGGAAUCAAAUAGGUUCUUACAAAAUGGUGAAAAAGCACAUGAGUAAUCUAUGCGCGAUCGCAAGUCAAGAGUGCGAAUUAGCCAAUUUUUUAACUUUCAACACCGUUUUAGAAGAAACGAAAAUUUGGAGUUUGUCGCUGCAAGGAUUCACUGAACAAAUUGAAGCAAAGUACUUCUCAGUUUAUCCAGAUGUGAUUCUUCCACUGCUGACAGCCUUAGCACAAUUAAAUCAUGGCAUCGAUGUACUAAGUAAUGAAAUUCGACGACGGAUAUCUUUGCAUAUAAAUGGAAUGGUCAAUCUCGAAACUAUAAUAUACAAUUUAAUCCGGUUUCCGACGAUUGGUCAAGGACAGGAAAGCCUUUUGAAUCUGAGAGAUUUGUGCGUUUCUAGAAGCACGAGAGGUCUGAUUGAAAAUUCGGACGCGUUCGUCAAGAUGCAAAAACAAUUUCAAAUAUUUAAGUCAGGUUUAUAUGAAUUGCAAAAUCAUAUAAUUCUCAACAAAGGCCUGACUAAAGCACUGUGGCGAGACGCGAACGAGCUGUUGCAGCAAAUAGUCUUGAUUUGGAAGCAGCAGCAACAGGAGGAAGAGAAACGAGCCGCAGAAAGAGACAGUCUAUACAAGAACAAGAUUGAAAGUUACGGCAGUACAUUGACUGAAGAACAAGAACUCGCCUUGGAAGUUCGCAAACUAUUUCCCACGCAUCGCGAAAGAGAUUUUCACGACAUAGAGAAUGACUCGCAGUCUUCUUUCAAUCAAAAUAAUGCAUUGCCACCCAAAUCAAAUGAAUCGGAAUCAACCUUUAGCGGUCUCAUCACUAAGGAUGACAUCAAGGAGAUUCAAGAGAUCCAUUCAAACAUUGUUACAUCCUUCAUCACGUCCAAAUGGAUAUGCAACAAUUCUACUUCGGUAUGCUCAACGGAUUAUGUCGGACCUUUAAUUCAGAGAUAUAAUAUUAUACAUGGAAUGCUCGAUCAUGUACUACCGAGUUUGAGCGAAGACCUUACAAUUAAACUAUACAACAGCUUAAACCUCCUAGUUACUUUGGGCCUGCAAGCGAGUGAAGAGGAAAACGCAGCUCGAAUUUUACGUGAGAACAGUGGACAAACAAAAGCAUACGAUUUUUAUAAAGAAUGCAACAUCAAGGAAGCAAAGGAAUGUCUGCCGUUGUGCGAGACAAUUCUAAAUCGCGUCAAUCAGCUGCUGAAAGAAUGGCCAGAGCAUCCUGUUCUAAAAUCGAUACGAUGUAUAAUAGAGAGAAUCUAUACAUUCUCGAUCACAUCGCCUAUCUCCAGAUUCUUGACAGGUCUCGAGCUGCUGUUUGUCAAGAUGAAGCAAUGGGAAGACAACGCGCAUAGUGGCGUCAGUAUGAAAGACUAUAUACUUGUAUUGACACAGCAAAUAAUAUCGUGGAGAAAACUGGAAUUGUCUUGCUGGAAGGGAUGCCUCGAUGCAACGUAUGAAGAUCUCAGAUCAAACACGUCAAAGUGGUGGUUCUUCCUAUAUGCAUUGAUCGAAAGUUACAAUAAGAAAACCGUAAAGAGUGACAUCGAGCGUAUGAAUGCGAACGAUGAGAUUGUCACUAGGAAAAAGUUGGUGGAAUCAGUAGAGCGUUUCAUGAAUGAGUCAUCUCUCGUCGAAUUUGAAUCGCGAUUGAAUCUUCUCUUGACAUUCCAUUGUCACGUGUAUUACUUUGACGACAGUGAUGUCAAGAACGAGCUCUCGGCUGUAUUGUGGAAUAUAUAUAAUUAUUACAAGCAGUUCGUGGACGACGUAAACGCGAGAAUUGCCGCAUUGAAAACGCCCAUCAAGAAAAAAUUAGAAGACUACGUUAAAAUUGCGCGAUGGAACGAGCUCAAUUAUUGGAUGGUGAAAGAGACGGUCGAUAAGACGCAUCGCACCUUGCAUAAGUAUGUGAAGGAAUUUCAGAAGGCGUUGAAACAGAGUGUAUCUUCUUGUUUGAUUAUUAAAUCAGGAUCUUAUAAUACCGAGAUCAAACAACAAGGCAUCUGGGAUGUUCAAGAACAUCACAAGUAUAUGAUCAAUUUUGAAGACUUUAUCGUAGAGAAACCUUCGCAAUUUAUGGAGGUGAAAACGCUGUUUACAAGCGGACUUAUUCUAAGAGCAGACACGUUGCUGACAACGGCCAAGAAUCUAUGUAAAGAAAUAAUCCUGACAAGCUCGUAUCCAGGUAUACGAUCAGAACUUGAGAAUUUUGUGAUGAGCUUCAUGGAGCAGAGCGCACGUCUUCGGGACAUGAACGUCGAUAGAAGCUUGCCAAAGGGCAAACAAAAAUCUCAGGCGAAGAGUAUCUUGCAGCAGAAGAGGAUGACGCUCGCCAAUUACUUCAAGGCAUUGACUCAAAUGGGUGUGUCCUAUCGUACCGGUGCAUUAACGUUGAAGAACAACACGGACAAGGUGAUAGACUACACGGUGUCACCUUUGAAUCUGUCCACAAUCGAUCGGUAUUUCAAAUUAAAAAAUACAGAUCAACACAUGUUGAGGCAAUGGCAGGGCUGCGAGAAGUAUUAUUACAAGUCUCUCAUCAGAUUAAACGCUCUCAACGCGAUGCUCAGCACAAGCCAAACCGAUUUGGGAUUGCAAAAUAUGGAACGUUGCCGAGGAUAUUCCGCGCACAUGAUGCUGAUGGCUCAUAGACAGAAGAUGACGUUAGCCCGGUCGUUCGAUCAGUUUUCAUCGUUACGUAUACAGAUUUCAAAUCUGUCCGAGAUGCGCAAGGAGGAUCUGAAUAUAUCGAAGCAACACAAUGGCCAAGAUUGUGUGAAGAGCUUAAAGACAUUGUUGAUAACGUUGGAAGCUGGAUUCGAACAGCUGUUACUGUUUCUGCAAUGCUGUCCCACAGAAUCACCGGCGGAUUCGAAUAGAGCCGUGCUCACAUUAAACGCGAACGCGCUUCCUAUAAUUGCCAUCUCUCAAACUGACCAAGUUUGGAAAAGCGCGAACACUCUGCUGGAAGAUAGUUUAAAAUCGAUAAAAGCAACCGUGAAACGUUUUCAUAUCUUAUUCAUGCCGUUUGAAAUAUUACCAGUAGAUCAUUCCGAAGAUUCUAUCCAUGCUUUAUUAAGUUCGAAGCACUUUGAAUUCUUGGAGAAUUGCUACGCGACAAUCGAAAACGUAAGAUUGCAAGCUAAACAACUGAAACAACUGUUUGAGAAUUCGGAUGUUGUGCAUCCUAUCUGUGAAAAUAUAGCGUUCUUGGAUACGAAAAUGGACUGCUUCCUUCGUGACUAUGAUGAAAAUUUACGACAAUUUGUAGAAGAUGAAGUGCAACUAAAAGAAAGCAGUAACGCUGUCGAGCAAUAUGAAUUGGCUCUAGAACAGUUAAUAAAUAUGAUAUUGCUUAUUAUACAAAAGAAAUAUAAAGAUUAUAUUAAUUUGAAUAACGAUGUGACACGCUCAAAUGAGAAAUCAAAUGAGGAAAAUAAUGAGAAUAAUGAGAAUAAUGAAAAUGAUAGAAAUGUAGACGAAAAAAUAGAAGAUAAUGGAUUAAAUGAAAAACUUGUUAAAUUCCUCGAGCGGGAUAUAACCGAAUUGAAAUUAUCCAAAGUAUCUAAUUCAUUUUUCAAUCUUCUACUAUUGAUACAUAAAUUCGAUCUACAAUCAGCAAAUUACUGUAUCGGAUUGCUCCUGAAAUGUUUACCACUGCUGGAACAAUAUCUCUUAUUUACCCAGUUUUAUUUACAUGAACAAGUAGCGUCGUUCCGCAUCACGUGUAAAAUGCUAUAUCUGCAAUUAAAUGUUUUCCUGGAUUUGGCUGCAAAUGGAUUCUGUGUGCCAAAAGAUUUAGAUCUCGAUGAAGCCGAAACAGAUGAAUCGGGGGAGAAGACGGGAAAAGGUGGAAUGGGCUUAGCUGAUGGUGAAGGAACGAAAGACGUCUCCGAUCAAAUAGAAUCUGAAGACCAGCUUGAGGAUGCAAGACCCGCAGAUCAAGAACAAGAAAAACAGAACGAUAAAAUGUGUAAGGAAGAGGAAAAGGGAAUUGACAUGUCCGAGGAUUUCGACAGUAAGCCACAGGAUAUGGAGAAAGAUGAUGAUGAUGAUGAUGAAGAGCAAAGUGAUGAUGAUGAGAAUAAUGACUUGGAUAAGGAAAUGGGAGAGACAGGAGAAGGUGCUGAGCAGCUUGAUAAACAAAUCUGGGGUGAUGAUAAAGAAGAAUCCGAAGAGAAUAAUCAGCAAUCAGAAAAUGAAGAUGAGGAGGAAGGUACGGGUGAACAAAUCGGUGAGAAGGAAAUAGAUGCAAAAGACGACGAAGAUAAAAGAAAACAGUAUGAUGAUAACGAUACGAAUGAUAAAGGAGAAGAGGAAAAGGAAAAAGAAAUAAAUGAAUUGAACGAGCCAGAAAUAGAUGAAGAUCAAAUUAAUCCUCAUCAUGGAAAAUUCCAACCUCAACCCGAACCUCAGCAACUCGAUUUACCAGAAGAUAUAAAUUUAGACGAAGAGGAUAAAGAAGAUAAUGGCGAAGAGGAGAAUCCGUUCGACAUCGAUGAGAUGAAGGACUCUGAAUUGUUGCCAGAAAAUAUGGAUAUGGAACUUGAGAAAGAAACUGCAGAAAAUGAAGAAAACGAUGAGGGGGAAUCUAGCGAAGACGAAGACAAGAAUUGCGAAAAUAUGGACUUGGAUAAAACGCAGGAAGAGCUCGAAACUAAUCAGGAAGCUAAAGAGAAUGAUAAAGAAAAUGCAGGAACCGAAAACACAGAUGAGGAACAAAAUCGGGAUGAAGAAACAGAAGAGGAAAAGCUGGAGAAGGCAGCGCCAAGUGCAAAUGAUGCGAGCAAGCAAAUGGACGCUGCACAGCAAGUUGAAGAAACGAUGGAAGGUUCGCGAGAUACAGUGGCACAACAAUCAAAUAAGGCCAACGAUCAGCAGGAGACGUCAGCUGAAAAUACUCAAGAGGAUAGCAAUGAUAAUGGCACCGGUCAAUCGGAGUCGCAGCAGGAAAAUGGGCAUUCAGGGUCUUCUAAGCAGGAAAUUAUUCCAGCUUCGCAGAGGAAUAACAUGACAAAAUCAAUUGAAAAAAGAAAGAACCUAGGCAAGAGCAAUGAAGAUCGCAGUUUGCUAAACAAACUCGAACCGAGGCUGAAAAAGUUGAAAACAAUGUACACGCAGGAUGAAGUAUCGAAGGAGGAGAAGGAGGAUGAUUCGAGUAACGCUGAUGGAGACAAAGCCGAACUAGCCAAACACGUAAAGGAUUCUGAGAAAUUCGACGAUUACACGCUCGAUGCCGCGACAGAAGAUCAAGUCAGGGAACAAGCUUCUAACAUAGAUAAAGAAAAAGAGAAUCAGGAAGAGAAAAAAGAUGACGUUAUGGAUGUGGAAAUGCAUGAAGAUGAGGAAAAUAACAUGACAGAUAAUAAAAUAAAGGAGCAGAGACCGGAAAAAAUUUCUGAGACUUCAAAUGAUAAACGCAAGGAUUCCGAAGGUAAAAGAAAUAAUAUUGAGAACAAUCAGGAGACGAUGAUCGAGUUAGAAGGAGACAUAAUAGAGACUAUGAGGGUACAAAGAGGGAAUGAGACCACAUUUCAUACGAUGGAAUGGAAUAUGGAGGAGAACUAUCUUGAUUCUAAUUAUAUGGAAAAAAAACGAUUUGAAGUAGAAAACAUGUUAGCCGAAUGGACGCAAAUACCAUCUACGGAGGAAGCUGCAGUCGCGUGGAAUUGUUUGUGUUCAGUCACGGAUGUAGCUGCUCGGGAUUUAUCGGAGAAACUGAGACUGGUUUUGGAGCCUACGCAGGCGUCGAGAUUGAGGGGCGAUUAUAAGACAGGCAAACGCAUCAAUAUGCGGAAGAUCAUUCCGUAUAUAGCCAGCCAAUUUCGCAAGGAUAAAAUCUGGCUCAGGCGUACAAAGCCUUUUAAACGUGAUUAUCAGAUUAUUCUUGCAUUGGAUGAUUCCAGCAGCAUGGCGGAUAAUCAUUCCAAAGAAUUGGCUUUCGAAUCCUUAUCACUGAUUAGCAAAGCUAUGACAUAUCUGGAAGUAGGGCAACUUGGUGUUGUAAGCUUUGGAGAACGGGUAAAGCUGUUGCAUCCUUUGGGAGAAGCCUUCACAGAACAAAGUGGAUCUAGAUUAAUACAAGAAGUGAGAUUUGAUCAAAGAAAAACAAUGAUUGGUCAAUUAGUUAAUUCUGUAGUGAAUAUGUUUGAAAAUCAGUGUACUUCAUCUGAUAAUGCUAAGCUGCUAGUAGUAUUAUCGGAUGGUAGAGGAAUAUUUUCAGAAGGAAUAAAAACCGUGAACGAUGCUAUAAGGAGAGCUAAAUUGGCAAAUAUUUUUCUGGUGUUUAUAGCAGUUGAUAAUCCAAUUAACAAGGAUUCCAUAUUGGAUAUUCGUAAACCUAUAUUUGAAGGUUCAAAAGUAAGAUUUCAAUCAUACAUGGAUAGCUUCCCAUUUCCAUUUUACAUAAUUCUUAGAGAUAUAAACACAUUACCAGGUGUUCUAAGUGAUGCUUUACGCCAAUGGUUUGAAAUAGUUGGGAAAAUGGAUACUUAAAGUAAUUUUAAACUUAAGUAAUUUUAAAAAAUUAGUUAGUUAUUAGAAAUUUGUUAUAUUCAUAUAUAAUUCUUAAUUAUUAAGUAUGUAAUGUGUAAUGUAACGUGUAUACAUAUGUAUAUCAGAAAUUGUGGACAUGUGUAUAUCAGAAAUUAUGAACUUUACUGGUUUUUAAGUAAUAAGAAUUUAUCCUUUGCAGAUCUUAUACUAUAUAAACUGAAUUACAUUGUAUUAAAGUGAAUAAUCAGGCAGUAUUUAAAAUCCUUUGUUGUUAUUUUUUACUAUUUUAUGUCUCAAGCCUAAAUUAUUUUCUUUAACACACC